AUGGCCAUUCUAUUAUUCCUCAGCUUGUGUUUAGUAACCAAUACUUACAGAGUUGGUGCUACAUUACCAAUAUCAAGAACAGAAGAACUUGAGGAGAGACAUCGGAAACUCAUCCACAAGCCUCCAAUUAGGAGUAUCCAAACAGAGUUUGGCUAUACCAUUGAUUGUGUUGACAUCAAUAAGCAGCCAGCUUUUGACCAUCCUUUAUUAAAGAAUCAUAAGCUUCAGAGAAAGCCUACUUUUCUACAAAGAAGGUCAAGAACAAGUGAACAUGUUUUACCAACUAGAACCUCAGUGUUUGAGCUUGAAAAAGACUCGUGUCCAAUAGGAUAUGUUCCUAUUCGCAGAACAACCAAAGAUGAACUUAUUCGAAUGAAAUCCUUGUCUGAUUAUACUUAUUAUUCACUGGUUCAAGGUGCCCCUGGUACUCAUUUUGCAGCACUCUACACGAAGAAACGGAAUAAUAAUUCUUAUGUUGGAGUUAAUGCCCACAUUAAUGUUCAUAAUCCAAGGGUAAAGAAGCACCAAAUGAGUUGUGCACAAAUAGCGGUUCAAAAUGGUGAACAUGAUGGAAUUAACACAAUCCUUUUCGGAUGGCAGUCGGAUGCAUUCAAGAAAACGGGAUGUUACAAUAUGCUGUGUCCAGGUUUCGUACAGAUUGACAGAAAUGUCUUUCUUGGAAUCGGUGUGAGAAAUAUUUCAGAUUACGGUGGACAACAAUUUGAACUUCCUUUAUCAAUUUUACAGGACUCAAAUUCUAAAAAUUGGUGGUUAAUAGUCAAUGACAUAAAUGUUGGAUAUUUUCCAGCAGCAUUAUUCUCUAACAUGUCUGUGGCUGAUUUAGUUGGGUGGGGUGGCCGAGUUACUGGUGUUGUGAAAGGAACAAGUCCGCAAAUGGGAUCUGGGUACUUCCCGGAUGGUGAUUUGACACAUGCAUGCUUCGCCAGAAGAAUUUCAUAUAAUGUACCUGAAUCACUUCAAGAACCACAGAAGAAUCCUCUAGAAAUAUAUGUUGAUAAACCUCAUUGCUAUAACCUUACAUAUUUUGGGUUUUUUGAUGACAACAAUCGAUACACCUUUCAAUUUGGGGGCCCCGGAGGGGAUUGUGGUAUGUGA